AUAAGGUCUACCAAGUCCAAUCUAGUUGCUAGUUUAUCUCCUUCUCUCCCCUCUAUAUAUUUUAACUCUCACUUUUCUAUCUCAAACCAAAAGUACUCUUAAAUAAAAUAACAAGAAAUGAUAGGGGAAGAAGAAAAAAGUAGUAAUAAGUUGGAUUUUGAGGAGACAGAAUUAAGGCUAGGGUUGCCUGGGGAAGGAAGAAAAAAUGUUCAUGAUGAUAAUGAUACUUAUAAUGUUAAUGGUAAAAGAGGUUUUGUAGAUUUGAAGCUCAAUCUUUCUUCUGAUAUUAACAACAUUAAGAAUUCAACACUCAAAGCCCCAGCUGUCAAGACACAAAUUGUGGGUUGGCCACCAGUAAGGUCCUUUCGAAAGAAUAUUUUGACUUCCCAGAAGCUUGGCCAAGAGAGUGACAAUAUUUUAGUGAAGGUGAGCAUGGAUGGUGCACCUUACCUUAGAAAAGUGGACUUAAACAUGUACAAGAGUUAUCAAGAAUUAUCUGAUGCCUUAGCCAAGAUGUUCAAUUCCUUCACUAUUGUCCAAGGAAUGAAAGACUUCAUGAAUGAGAGGAAACUGAUGGACCUUUUGAAUAGUUCUGAUUAUGUUCCUACCUAUGAAGACAAAGAUGGUGAUUGGAUGCUUGUUGGAGAUGUCCCAUGGGGGAUGUUUGUUGAUUCUUGCAAACGCUUGCGCAUCAUGAAAGGAACUGAAGCAAUUGGAUUAGCACCAAGGGCAAUGGAGAAAUGCAAGAACAGAAAUGGAUGAAAUCAGGUUGACUUUUUAAAAUGAAUAUAAUCGAUCAAAAUUUCAUCGAUUAUAGCUGGUGCUUGUCCGGAUUAAAUAGUGUGUUAUGUAUUAAUGCUACUAUUAUGAAGUGCUUGUAAGUUGUAUGUAUUAAUAAUGAGUGUAGCAUAUUUAUUUCUGUAUAUGUAAUUUAUUUAGAGCUAUAAUAUUUCUUGUUUAAAACUGACCUUAUAAAUCGUUUUGUCUAAUAAUAAUUUAGUAUAAAUUGUUUAA